AUUUUGCUUUCAUAAAUAUAAUAUCGCGUUUCGUAUCGCUUGGUAAGAUUAUAAGUUUUGCCGUUUUGUGAUCAUCAUUCAAUAUUGUUGUACUGUCAUAAUGUCUUUUGCGGGAAAAGUUGUUCUGAUAACAGGAGCCAGUUCAGGAAUUGGAGCUGAAACAGCUAUUCACUUUGCUCAGCUUGGUGCAUUGCUAUCGAUAACAGGGCGUAAUAAGCACAAUUUAGACAAAGUAGCCGAACAAUGUGGACAACCUAAACCGUUUAUUAUAACGGGAGAUCUAGCCAAUGAGAAUGAUGUGAAAAAUAUUAUCGACUCGACGAUCAAACAUUAUGGCAAAAUAGAUAUUUUAGUUAAUAAUGCUGCGAUUGCAGAAUUCGGCGAUAUAGAAACUACAAGUUUAAAACAAUACGACAAUAUUUUCAAUGUAAAUGUUCGAUCAGUAUUUCAAUUGACUACACUAGCAGUGCCACAUUUAAUCAAAACGAAAGGUAACAUUGUAAAUGUUUCAAGCGUGGCUGGAUUACGAGUACUGAAGAAUAGUCUGCCAUAUUCCAUGAGUAAGGCGGCUCUGGAUCAAUUUACGCGUUGCGUUGCUUUAGAAUUGCAUCACGACAGGUGCAUGUCUUUUGCGGGAAAAGUUGUUCUGAUAACAGGGGCCAGUUCAGGAAUUGGAGCUGAAACAGCUAUUCACUUUGCUCAGCUUGGUGCAUUGCUAUCGAUAACAAGACGUAAUAAGCACAAUUUAGACAAAGUAGCCGAACAAUGUGGAUAACCUAAACCAUUUAUUAUAACGGGAGAUCUAGCCAAUGAGAAUGAUGUGAAAAAUAUUAUCGACUCGACGAUCAAGCAUUAUAGCAAAAUAGAUGUUUUAGUUAAUAAUGCUGCAAUUAUUAUAAAAUUCGGUAGUAUAGAUACUGCAAGUUUAGAACAAUACGACAAGUAUGUAAUGGUAAAUGUUCGAUCAGUAUUUCAAUUGACUACACUAGCAGUGCCACAUUUAAUCAAAACGAAAGGCAACAUUGUAAAUGUUUCAAACGUGGCUGGAUUACGACCAUUGAAGAAUAAUCUGCCAUAUUGUAUGAAUAAGGCGGCUCUGGAUCAAUUUACGCGUUGCGUUGCUUUAGAAUUGGCAUCACGACAGGUGCGUGUGAAUUCCGUAAAUCCUGGCGCUGUACCAACAAAUAUCCUUCGGAACACUGGGCUGACAGAACAAGUUAAAACCUUUUUCGAACAAUUGAAAAGGGGACAUGCUUUAGGAAGAAUCGGCGACACUUUGGAAAUCGCAAAAACCAUUGCAUUUCUAGCAAGUGACGAUGCUAGUUUUAUAACAGGGGUAACAAUGCCUGUAGAUGGAGGUUGGCAUAUUACGUCUGCUCAAAUCUAGAUGUUGCCAGGCAGUAAAAUGUACGCUCUAAUGAGAGAAA